AUGCUGCGGCUUGUGGUGGAGUCAGCCACGAUUAACCCGGCCCUCAGCCCCCCACCCAGACCCUGCGUGUCUGCCUACUUCCGAGAUAUCAAGAAGAGAACUCAUGAAGCAGAAGGGAAUAACCCCACAUGGAAUGAGACCCUGAUCUGGUACCUCUGGGACCACCCCCUACAAAAUGACUCUUUUCUGCAAAUCAUCCUUCGGGACAUGGGCGCAGCAAAGAAAGACAGGUUCAUUGGCCUGGCCACAAUACUGCUCCAGCCCUUGGUGAAAAAACCGAGUGAGGUCCUUCUCGUGAAGGACCUGAACCUGCUUAACCAUCUCAUGAUGUCCACAGAUUGCACCGUCACCCUCCAGGUGACCCUUGUGAGAUACCAGGAUAUGUCGAAGAUAGGCAAUGGCGACAUCCUGGGCCCAAGUGCAGGAGAGGCCGCCAGGCAGAAACUGAUGUUACCCAACUCCACCAUGCCCACGGCUCUGACCUCGAAGCCUCAGCACUUUCAGGUCCGAGUGAAGGUGUUUGAAGCCCGACAGCUCAUGGGCAACAACAUCAAGCCGAUGGUGAAGGUGGUCAUCGGAGGCCACCAGCACAACACACGGAUCAAGAUGGGAAACAACCCUUUCUUCAAUGAGAUCUUCUUCCAGAAUUUUUAUGAGGUGCCUGCUAAGUUAUUUGAUGAGACCAUCUUAAUCCAGACAGAUAUUGGGUUUAUCUACCAUUCUCCAGGUCACACACUCAUGAGGAAAUGGUUAGGCCUCUGCCAGCCGAAUGAACCCAGCAGUGGUGUGAGAGGCUACCUGAAAGUCACCAUCUGUGUCCUCGGUGUGGGAGACCAGGCUCUGGUAGAUCAAAAGCUGCCCUAUGGGGCUGAUGACCCCACUACUCAGAUCUUCAAGUCAACGGUGGUCCCGAUCAACAUGGCCUACUUACAGUUCUUCAUCUACUGCGCAGAGGACCUUCAUCUCAAGAAACAGCACUUAGUGAGUCCUAUGUUGGAGGUGGAGCUAAUUGGGGAAAAGCUCAAGACAAAUGUGCUGACCCAGACCGAGAACCCAAUAUGGAACCAGAUCCUGACCUUCCAGAUUCAGCUGCCCUGCCUCUCCAGCUACAUCAAGUUCAGAGUCUUGGACUGCCCCAAGAACAGUUGCCGGGAUGAGAUUGGGACGGUCAGCCUGUUCCUCAACCAGAUCUCAUCUACCGGAGCAGAAAUAGAAGGCAAGCCAUCCCUGCCGCCCUCACCCUCUUUUCUUGCAGGAACAUACUCUGGCUUCCUACCCUGUUUUGGCCCCAGCUUCCUGACUCUUCGUGGGGGUAAAAAGGCCCCUUUCAGGAUCCAAGAAGAAGGCACUAAUAUUCCCGACCCUCUUAAGGAUGGUUUAACUUAUCGAGGCCGAGUCUUCCUGGAGUUACUCACCCACGUCUCCUCCCAUCAAGACUUUAAGAGGAAGGAUCUCUCCUCUGAAGUGACCAGUAUAGAGAGGCACCAUCACCGCCAGAAGUAUGGGCUGUGUGUCAUCUUCCUUUCCUGUACCAUGAUGCCCAACUUUAAGGACCUGAUCCAAUUCGAGGUCAGCAUUGGCCACUAUGGAAACAAGAUGGACCUGAAUUACAAGCCUCUCGUCUCAACCACACAGUACAGCCCAGUGAUAUAUGAUGGGAACAUCUACCAUUAUGUGCCCUGGUACAACACCAAGCCAGUCGUGGCCGUGACCUCCCACUGGGAAGAUGUCAGCUUCCGCAUGAACUGCCUCAACCUCCUGCACUUCACUCGGGACCGCCUGAAAGCCAAUCUGGACACCCUGAAGUCCAUAAGGAAUCCAAGGGACCCUGCUCUGCUCCCCCAGUGGGAGAAGCUGCUGAGGGAGCUGGUGGAGGACUGCAAACACCCUCUGCCCUGCAUGACCCAUCAGCCCAGAGCCACCGAGCUGGACAAGAAGAGGUGGAAGCUCCGCAGCCUCCUCCUGCAGGAACUGGCCCAAAAGGCCAAGGAAGUUAAGCCCAGGAACAUGGUGGCCACCGUGGAGGACUGGCUGUACCGCCUCGAUGCCGUGCUCCCCGAGCCCCAGAUGAGCCUCCCGGACGUGAUGAUCUGGCUGAUGUCCAAGGAGCAGCGGGUGGCCUACGCACAGGUGCCUGCCCACAGCGUCCUGUUCUCCCCAACAGGGGCUCUGCAUUCUGGCAGGUUCUGUGGGAAGACACAGACCCUCAUCCUGCAGUACCCAGAGGGUGAAGGACAGAAGGACACGCCGCCGGCCCACCUCCGGGUCUGCAUGUGGCUCGGCAAUGUCACGGACAGCAAGGAUCUGCAGCUGCUGCGCCAGGGCGAGGUUGUCGUUUACGCGGAGACGUACGAGAACCAGGCCAAGUAUAAAGACCAGUGGGGACAGCAGGGGCUGUACCGCUGCCCCAACUUCUCGGACGUCACGGGGCACAAGGCUGUCCCCAAGGAGGAUUUCCAGGUGCCCCAAGGAUGGCACUGGCAGGGGCAGUGGACAGUGGAGCCUCAGAGGAGACUCCUCCUGGACGUAGACAUCAACAAGAGCCAGGUGCUAGAGGAGGUGUAUGAGAACCAGUGUCGAGACAUCACGGGGAACUGGGUGCGGGCAGCCAUCCCGAACACAGAUGUGAACGGAGAGCCCGUGGAGGCCCGGGAGAACGUGAAGUGCCCCCAAGGCUGGCACGUUAAGGAGAACUGGAUCGUGGAGCUGAACCACGCGGUGGACAGCUGGGAAUAUGGAGUGGGGAUCGAGCCGUCGGGCCAACCCCGGGUCUGGAACUCAGUGGAGAAGACCUACUACUCGUGCCGCCGGCGGCGCUGGGUGCGUUUGCGCUGCCGGAACCAUGGGAAGCUGAGCCUGGAGCAGGAGACUCUCUCCUUCCUGCAGCUGGUGAGAGGACUGCUUGGGUGGGAGGAGGAGGGCUGGGAGUAUGGUACCUUCGGCUCCAAGUUCCACCUGAACCCUCAGCCCCAGAGCCGGUUCCGCCGCCGCUGCUGGCACCGCAGGAUGGUCCUGAACAAGGACAAGGGCAUUGCACCCAUAUUCCUCCUGGAGGGAUCCUUGGUAAAGCCUCCGGUGACCUGGGCCUGCACUAGAGGAGACAAGAAAAGCACCCAAGACUCAGGGAGAAUGUCCUGGGCACAGGGUAUGGAUCUGAAAGAGCAGGCUAGGAAGGAAGAGAAUAAGAGGCUAACACAGGCUCCAGACAAAACAAUCAGGAGCUCCUGGAGGCCUGCCCCAGAGGAGACCCAGCUACAUGACCUACCCUUCAUCUACUGCAUCUUCAACAAGCCCCACUACUACCAGCUUUUCUGCUACAUCUACCAAGCCCGGAACCUAAUGUCCAACCAGAUCCAGACAUUCCGGGUGCCCUUCAUCCGGUUGGUCUUCUUGAACCAUAGCCAGUGCACCCAACCCCUGAAGAGCUCUGCGGCCCCCACGUGGGCCCAGACGCUCAUUUUCCAGCACCUUCUUCUGUACGAGAACCCCGAAGACACCAAAGCAAGCCCACCACUCGUGGUGUUGGAACUGUGGCAGCAGGACUCCCAGGGAAAGGAGAGCUUGUGGGCCCGGAGCAUGUGGUCCCCGGUGGUCUGGCUGGAUGUCCGAAAACGGACCCUGCCCCCUCUGAGGUGGCACCCCCUUGUAAAACUGCUAGGGGAGAAAGAUGGCGAGAUCCUGGCAUCCUGUGAGCUGAUCCUCGAGACUGAGGUACCAGGAGAGAGGAGGCCGCCAAUCUUAAGUGUUCCAUGGAAGAAUGGAGUCUACACGCUCCCCAAGAGCAUCCAGCCCACACUAAAGAAAAUGGCUGUGGAGAUUCUGGUCUGGGGCCUUCGGAACAUGAAGCAGGUGCGUUCCCCCCAGCUCCUGGUAGAAUGCUGGGAAGAGUCCCUGCAGACAGAACCCAUCAAGGACUUCCAGACCAACCCUAACUUUGCCCAGUCAGUCCUCUUCCUCACACUGUUCAUGCCUAUGGAGGAGGCCUACGCGCCACCCCUCACGUUGAAGGUGGUGGACAAUCAGGACUUCGGCCAGCAAACCGUGGUGGGUCAGGCCAACAUCCACUCCCUACAACCCUACUUCUGUGACCCCUGGGCUAAGGACUACAUGCCUCCACAGCUUCCAAUGCUGUCCAUGAACAAGUACCAGAAGUUCCUAGAUUACCUCUAUGAAAAGUUCUGGUCCAAUCCCAGCAAAGCCCAGCCUGAAUACGAGCAUGAAGUGGACUGGUGGAGCAAGCUGUUCUGGGCCACAGGAGAUGCUAAGUCCCUGCAGUACAAGUACAAAGACUACCAUACCCUGCAGGUGUAUGACUGUGAGCUGGAGGCUGUGCCUGCCUUUGAAGGCCUGCAGGACUUCUGCCAGACCUUCAAACUCUACCAGGAAGAGCCCAAGUUGGACAGCCCUGUGGUAGGGGAGUUCAAGGGCCUUUUCCGCGUCUACCCCUUUCCUGAGGAUCCAAAAGCCCCCAAGCCCCCCCGCCAGUUCUUGGUUUGGCGCGAGAAAGAGGACUUCCCCCAGGAGUGCUUGGUUCGCGUGUACAUGGUCCGAGCCAUCAACCUGCAGCCCCAAGAUCCCAAUGGCCUGUGUGACCCUUAUGUGAUCCUGAAACUGGGACAGACAAAGAUGGGCAACCGGGACAAGUACCAGCCCAACACUCUGAAUCCCAUCUUCGGCAUUAUGUUUGAACUGAGCUGCACCAUCCCCCUGGAGAAGGACCUAGAGAUCCAGCUAUAUGACUUUGACCUGUUCUCACCUGAUGAUAAGAUUGGAACCACAGUCAUUGACCUCGAAAACCGACUCCUGUCUGGCUUUGGAGCCCGUUGUGGGCUCUCCAAAUCCUACUGCCACGCAGGGCCCUUUAGGUGGCGGGAUCAGAUGACCCCAAGCUUCCUCUUGGAACGCCAUGCCAAACAGAAAGGGCUGCCUCCACCUCUGUUCAGUCCUGAGGAGGACGCUGUUUUCUACAAUGGGAAAAAAUUCAAACUGCAAAGCUUUGAGGCCAUGCCCCCUCCUGUUCAUUAUUUGGGACCUAAGAAAGAACGCCUUGCACUGUACCUCCUGCACACCCAGGGGCUGGUACCUGAGCAUGUGGAGACCCGCACUCUGUACAGCAACAGCCAGCCAGGCAUCGACCAGGGAAAGGUGCAAAUGUGGGUGGACAUCUUCCCCAAGAAGCUUGGGCCUCCUGGCCCCCCAGUCAACAUCAAGCCCAGAAAGCCUAAAAGCAAAGCCUCAGAGUCCACUGGCUGCAGGUAUGAGCUGCGCUGCAUUAUCUGGAAGACUGCCCAAGUGGACCUAAAGAGAAGUUUAACUGCCGGGAUGAGCGACAUCUAUGUCAAAGGGUGGCUAGUUGGGCUCGAGAAGGACAUGCAGAAGACGGAUAUCCACUACCACUCACUGACUGGGGAGAGCAACUUCAACUGGCGGUUCAUCUUCACCAUGGAUUACCUGGCAGCCGAGCAUAUGUGUGUCCAGAGCCAGAAGGACUACAUAUGGAGCCUAGACCCCACAGUGAUGAAGUUCCCAGCCCGGCUCAUCAUCCAGAUCUGGGACAAUAACAUGUUCUCCAUGGAUGACUUCCUAGGGGUCCUGGAGCUGGAUUUGUUUGACAUGCCCCUCCCGGCCCGGCACGCCAACCUAUGCUCCAUCAGGAUGAUGGAUACUGACUCCAAGUGGCCCUACUUCCUCCAGUAUAAGCACUUCUCCCUUUUUAAGAAGAAGACCGUAACGGGCUGGUGGCCUUCCCAGGUCCUCGAUGGUGGCAAAUGGCGCAUGUCGGGUAAGGUGAAGAUGACGCUGGAGAUUCUGUCAGAGAAGGAAGCCUUAAUCAAGCCAGCAGGGCAAGGCCAAUCAGAACCCAACCAAUACCCUACACUUCAUCCUCCCCUACGCCCCAACACCUUGUUCAUGUUGCGGUCACCUGUGACAAUCUUCUGCCGCGUUGUCUGGAAACGCUACCACUUCAAAAUCAUAAUCAGUGCAAUCGUAUUUAUUAUAGCACUCAUGCUGUUCAACUUUAUCUAUUCGGCACCGAACUACUUGGCCAUGAGCUGGAUCAAACCUAAACUUCGGCUGAAUGCUCCCAUCAAAAUAUCUGCCAAUGUCAUGAAUCCCCCAACCAGCAGCAGUCCUCACUCUUCCAGCCUCACCAGCCAGCAUCAGAACCUAAAUUCUACAAUAGACCAUGAGUUGAAACUCCUCCAGGAACCUAUGAAUCGCCUGCAAGACAUUUUCCCAGAACUUCCAGCCCCACAAGACUAA